AUAAUUUCCCCCAACUUCCCUGCAAAAAGUUCCAUUCCUUACCUCCUUCAAUCAUCUCUUUCACAUCCCAAACAAUCUGAAAAAACUAAUCAAGAAUGGCGGAACUCAUAGAGACGUAUGCCUGUAUCCCAUCCACGGAGCGUGGCCGAGGAAUAUUAGUAUCCGGUGAUGCCAAAAUGAAUGCAUUUCUUUACUGUAAUGGCCGAUCGGUGAUUAUACGGUACCUCGAUAGACCAUUGGAGGUCGAGGUGUAUGCGGAACACGCUUAUCAGACCACCGUGGCGAGGUUCUCGCCUAACGGGGAGUGGAUCGCCUCGGCUGACGUGUCCGGAACUGUUAGGAUCUGGGGUACCCACAAUGGAUUUGUGUUGAAGAAUGAGUUUCGGGUUUUGUCUGGUCGGAUUGAUGAUCUUCAGUGGUCCGCUGAUGGGAUGAGGAUCGUGGCUUCGGGUGAUGGCAAGGGCAAGUCGUUCAUUCGAGCUUUCAUGUGGGAUUCUGGUAGCAAUGUCGGAGAAUUUGACGGGCAUUCAAGGAGAGUUCUAAGUUGUGCAUUCAAGCCGACAAGACCAUUCCGUAUAGUCUCUUGUGGAGAGGACUUCUUGGUGAACUUCUAUGAAGGACCGCCUUUUAAGUUCAAGCAGUCACAUAGGGAUCACUCGAAUUUUGUCAACUGUGUAAGAUUCGCGCCUGAUGGCAGCAAAUUCAUCACUGUUAGCUCUGACAAAAGGGGGCUGUUAUAUGAUGGAAAAACUGCAGAACAAAAGGGAGAGUUGUCUUCAGAGGAUGCCCACAAAGGUAGCAUAUAUGCUGUUAGCUGGAGUCCCGAUAGUAAGCAGGUCGUAACUGCAUCAGCUGAUAAGACUGCCAAGAUAUGGACAAUAUCAGAUGAUUUUAAUGGGACUGUUGCAAAAACCUUAUGCCCAGGCUCUGGUGGUGUCGAGGACAUGCUAGUCGGGUGUCUCUGGCAAAAUGAUCAUAUAGUUACUGUUUCUCUUGGUGGCACCAUAUAUUUAUAUUCUGCAAGUGAUCUUGAUCAAGACCCGGUGAUUCUGUGCGGACACAUGAAGAAUGUUAAUUCCCUAGUAGUGCUUAAAACCAGCCCGGAGACUAUUUUGUCUAGCAGCUAUGAUGGAUUCAUAUUCAAGUGGAUUCGAGGGGUUGGCUUUGCUGGUAAGUUAGAGAGGCCGGAUAAAAAUCAAAUCAAGUGUCUUGCUGCUGUCGACGAGGAGAUCAUAUCAUCUGGAUUCGACAAUAAGGUGUGGAGGAUUCCUCUAACAGGAGAUGAAUGUGGAGAGGCAAAUAUUGUUGACAUUGGCAGCCAACCAAAGGACUUGAGCCUGGCUAUUCGUGACCAUGAACUUGCAUUGAUUUCAAUCGAGUCAGGUGUUGUCCUCCUCCGUGGUACACAAGUUUUGUCAACCAUUAACCUAGGGUUUACUGUGACUGCAUGUUCACUUGCGCCUGAUGGAACUGAAGCCAUUGUGGGUGGGCAAGAUGGUAAAUUGCACAUAUAUUCAGUCAAGGGGGAUUCUCUUACAGAAGAAGCUGUUCUUGAAAAGCAUCGAGGUGCUAUUACCGUAAUUCGUUACUCUCCUGAUGUUUCUAUGAUCGCCUCGGGUGAUGCCAAUAGAGAAGCUGUUGUAUGGGAUCGCGACUCCAGAGAGAUAAAGCUUAAGAACAUGCUAUACCACACGGCUCGCAUCAACAGUCUAGCUUGGUCACCCGAUAACACCAUGGUUGCAACCGGAUCUCUGGAUACAUGUGUUAUCGUAUAUGAAAUAAGCAAGCCAGCCGCAAGCCGUACAACUGUAAAGGGUGCUAACCUGGGUGGGGUUUAUGCAGUCUCCUUCGUUGAUCAAAACACCGUGGUGAGUUCUGGUGAGGAUGCCUGUAUUCGUUUAUGGAAGAUAACUCCACAAUAAACAAGGGAUCAAAAGGCGCAAGGAUUUCUUGAAUCUGCUAUAUCUUUUCCUUUUUGUGAAGCUGGUUUGUAAUUGCGAUUUGGGUGCAGAGAAUGCAGUUCAGUAGGCCGAGGUUUUGGUAGUUGUUAAUAGUGAUAUUUUCUUGUGAGCUUAAAGUACGGUUUUUGUGGCCACCAGAACCGUAUUUUGUUAAGUUUUAAGGGAAACAGAGCAUUGGGUCAAAAGGUAACGUGGAUAUGAGGUAGAUGGUUGUUGAAAGCGGGUAUCACUAGACCAUCAAAAUAUGGCGUUAAAACGGAUGGUUAUCUUGUUUCUGAUUUAUCAUAUGUAAUAAUCGUGUAUACGAUGUGUUUUUUCCAUGGUGUAAUAACUUUUGGAGUUGCAGUUGUUCUAUUUAUAUCUGGUUUGAUUCCCAGAUGGUUAAAAUCAGCGUCCACUUGUUUUCAUUUUGAGAAGUUGAAGUUGGUUAUUGGGUCUUCAAAAA